AAGAAAACAUGUUUCCUGUAUCAAACUGAAUCUCAGUUGACGGUUGAGGUAACUCUUGAGGCAGCUAAUAGUACGUUUGAGUGGAAACGUGCACAAUAGUUAUAAGGUAUUAUGUAUCAUUUUAAAGUGUAAAUAGGAAAGAGGCAGGGACAGUGCAGCCGGGUGCUGGACGGACCGCACAUGCGCAUUACGGCGCUUUCAACUCAACCGAAGUUGACGACCAGUGACUCUGCAGUCAGGCUCAACCAAAUGAAAAGCAGCACAUUAAUGGCUUUUGACUCGGAACCAAGUGAUAUUUCGCUUCCAGUUGCCGGAAUAGUAAUAGCUGUAAUAUCAAGUUUCAUCAAUGGGUCGACAUUUGUGCUUCAGAAAAAGGGGAUAUUACGCUCCCGCGGCAGAGGUAGACUGAGACAGACGGACAUAACCUUGCCUUGAAGAGUACCCACCAUGGAUGUACCAUAAGACCUCCAUGGAGGGUCGUAUCUCAGAGAUGUUGUGUGGUGGAGUGGCACAGUGUCCAUGAUUAUUGGACAAAUUGGGAAUUUCCUGGCGUACAAUGUGGCCCCUGCUGUGAUAGUUACACCACUAGGAGCACUUGGGGUGUUAUUUGGGGCUGUGUUGGCUUCUUGGAUCUUGAAGGAGCAUUUAAAUAUCCUGGGGAAGCUUGGCUGUGUAUUAUGUUGCUGUGGCUCUGUGGUGCUCAUCAUUCAUGCCCCUAAAACCGAGGCUGUAACAUCCAGACUGGAGCUAGAGGAGAGGCUAUCAGACCCAGUAUUUGUGAUGUACGCCAUGCUUGUGGUCCUACUUCUGAUCACUCUAAUCGUCUGGAUUGCUCCAGCUCACGGCACAUCAAACAUCAUGGUGUAUGUCACCAUAUGUUCCCUCUUGGGAAGCUUCACUGUUCCAAGCAGCAAAGGACUCGGCCUGGUAGCUCAAGACGUCUUUGGUGAAGGGCCAUCGAGCAGCAGAGCUCUGGUUCUCUUCGUGGGCCUGCUAGGGACGCUGGCUGUCAGCAUCCUGAUACAGUUCUUCUUCAUCAACAAGGCCUUGGAGUGUUUCAGCUCCAAUAUGUUUGAAGCCAUUUAUUAUGUGACGUUCACAUCCACCGUGAUUCUUGCCUCUGCUCUUCUCUUCAAAGAGUGGACUGCACUGACUUUGACUGACAGCCUCGCCAUGCUUUGUGGUUUAACAACAGUGUGUGUUGGGGUCAUUUUACUCCGCAUUUCCCAGGAGGCUUUGAUUACUUGGAAGAAGAAGGAGGCACAGGAAAAGACAGACUGAAAUGUUUUCAUAUUUACAUGACUUUUGUGCCACACUGCGUAUCGUAUUAACAGAGUCUAUACUUAUUUUACACAAUAUAAAUUCCAGUUUCAAUGACCAAAGCUACAGUAUAACUAUAUAUUUAUAACUAAUUCCACUUGACAUUAUACUUGAAUCUCCUUGCUGUUUCUUAUGAAACAGUUCUUAGUGCAAUCCACAAAUAUCACCAACAGUAAAAUGCAUUUAUUUUUCUCUAGAUAAACAUUCCUGCUGUAAUUUCAUUAUUACAAAUGCAACUUUCAUCUUCAUGGGUACAGUGAGCUACUAACAGCAAACUCAAACAUGGCCCAGGGGCUAACAGUUCAUUUGUCAGUUUUAUGUUUUUACUCAUUUCAAAUGAUUACAUCCUAAAAUUACAAAUAAUUGGGUUUACUUUCAUGUAAAAUGUUCUCCCUUUCUCCCAUGGCCAGGCUGUCUCAGUGUAGAAUCACCUACACUUUGACUUAUUCAGUGUGCCUGUGAAUUAUUCAGUGAAAUUUCAGGAGCAGGUCUCUUUAGUGCAGGAGUUGUAUAGAAGAUGAGUAUCAAGAGUGACUGACUGUUUUGUCAAAUGGAUGGAUCUGUAAUAAUGAUAUACCAAAUAUAAACUGUAGUUCUGUGGCCACUAAUCAAUUUGUCCAGAUAUUAAAGGUGGCUACAUGUUAUAUAUGUGCAAUCCAAACAUUUGGAUUUUGGCUAAUUUAUUUACAUUUAUAAAAAUGCUAAUUUCUGCUACUGUGUGUGUCAGAGAUGGUUUAAUGGUGAUGCCUAAUGACUUGGCAGUGCAACCUAAACUUGAAACUGCUGUGCUGGCAUUGGCACGUAUUAGUUCUACUGAGGAGUCCAUGAGCAAGAGACUCUGAGAGUUCUGUGGAUCGUUUCUUUGAUAUGCUUCUGAUUAAUUUGCUUGAUUUCAAAAUAAUAAAACGAGUUACAUGUCAUCAUCA